AACGUUAGAUAACGUUGGCCUACUUGCAAGUGACUUAUUUAGUUUUAUUGCUAAACGUUCAAUUAAUUAGCUAGUGGCUUAUUUUUUGUUCGAAUUUCGAUCAGAUUUUUCGAUGUAGCUAAUCAGCAAUGUAUAUUAUUUAGAUACGUUAAUUUUCGUGCUUCUUGCGGUUUAGGUGUUGGUAUUUGACACAACCCGAUUGUGAAUGUCUUAGGGGCUGUGUAGCUAAUAAAGCUUGCAGUCCAUAUUAGAAGGCUCAUUGCUAUUGGCUGGCUAGCUCGCUAGCAACGAGAUGCAUGUUUAUCCGAGUGACAGGCAUUGAACCGGGCGAAGGCAGCUAUAAUCGAUAAUAGACACCGAGCACUGAAGAUCAAAGAAUUUGCCGAAAAUGAGACUGAAAACCUCCCUCCUAAAGGAGCCUAAACACAAGGAGCUUGUCAGCAGCGUGGGCUGGACCACGCCCGACGAGCUGUUCUCCUGCAGCGAAGAUCACCAGAUAUUCAGGUGGAACCUGCUGACCAAUGAGACCACGCUGGUCGUCAGACUGCCGGAUGACCUGUACCCCGUCGACCUUCACUGGUUCCCCAAAACCGUGGGGGGCAAGAAGCAAGGCCUGGCCGAGAUUUUCGUGCUCACCAGCACUGACGGUAAGUUCCACCUGGGCUCUAAGACGGGCCGGAUUGAGAAGAGUGUGGAGGCGCACCGUGGGGCUGUUAUGGCUGGGCGCUGGAACUAUGAUGGGACUGCGCUCAUUACAGCUGGAGAGGAUGGGCAGAUAAAGAUCUGGUCUAAGAGCGGGAUGCUGAGGUCCACUUUGGCACAGCAAGCCUCCCCUGUGUACGCUGUGGCGUGGGGGCCGGACUCUGACAGGAUCCUCUACACCUCAGGAAAGCAGCUCGUCAUUAAACCCCUGCAGCCCAGUGCCAAGGUCCUGCAGUGGAAAGCGCACGACGGGGUCAUCCUGAAGGUGGACUGGAGCUCAGUCAAUGACCUCAUACUGUCGGGAGGAGAGGACUGCAAAUACAAGGUAUGGGACAGCUAUGGCCGCCUUCUGUACUCCUCAUCCUCACACGACUACCCAAUCACCUCCGUGGCCUGGGCCCCCGACGGGGAGCUGCUCGCUGUGGGCUCCUUCAACACCCUGCGUCUGUGCGACAAGACUGGGUGGUCGUACGCUCUGGAGAAGCCCAACACAGGCAGCGUGUUCAGCGUGGCAUGGUCAGCUGACGGGACCCAGCUGGCGGGCGCCUGCGGGAAUGGGCACGUCAUCUUCGCCCACGUGGUGGAGCAGCGCUGGGAGUGGAAGAACUUUGAGAUCACACUGACCAAGAGGAGGACCAUGCAGGUGCGGAAUGUGUUGAACGACGCUGUGGACGUGCUGGAGUUCCGGGAUCGGGUCAUCAAGGCAUCGCUGUCACAUGAUCACCUGGUGGUCACCACCUCCCUCCAGUGCUACGUGUACAGCACGCAGAACUGGAACACGCCGCUGAUUUUUGACCUGAAGGAGGGGUCAGUCAGCCUGAUCCUGCAGGCCGAGAGGCACUUCCUGCUGGUGGACGGGGCGGGCGUGUACGUGUACUCGUACGAGGGCCGGCUGGUCUCCACGCCCAGGUUCCCCGGGAUGCGCUCGGACAUCCUGAACGCGCAGACCGCCUCCCUCAGCAACGACACCGUCGCCAUCCGAGACAAAACCGACCAGAAAGUCAUCUUCCUGUUCGAGGCUCUGACGGGGAAAGCCCUGGGAGAUGGCAAACCCUUAACCCACAAGAUGGAGGUGGUGGAGAUUGCCCUGGACCAGUGCGGUGCUGCCAGUGACCGGAAGAUCGCUCUGAUCGACAAGAACCGCGACCUCUACCUGACCUCUGUCCGUCGCCUUGGCCGUGAGGACAAGACCAAUAAGAUCGGAACCAUGGUUCAUACGAUGGCGUGGAAUGACUCGGCAAACAUCCUGUGUGGGAUCCAGGACGUGCGGUUCACCGUGUGGUACUACCCCAACGCCGUCUUCGUGGACCCGGACCUGCUGCCCAAAACGCUCUGCACGAAGGACGCAAGUGAGUUCAGCCGGACCCCCCACAUCCUGAACUACGUGGGGACGCAGGUGACGGUGCGGCGUGCGGACGGGUCUCUGGUGUACAGCACGGUCUCGCCCUACCCCGCCCUCCUGCACGAGUACGCUGGCUCCGCCCGCUGGGCCGACGCCCUGCGCCUCUGCCGCUUCGCCAAGGACCAGACGCUGUGGGCGUGUCUGGCUGCCAUGGCAAUGGCCAACAGAGAGCUGACCACGGCGGAGGUGGCGUACGCGGCGAUUGGAGAGGUUGAUAAGGUGCAGUACAUUAACUCUAUAAAGGAGCUCCCAUCCAGAGAGUCUGCUCUGGCUCACAUGCUGCUCUUUAGUGGGCACGUGCAGGAGGCGGAGUCAACUCUGCUGCAGGCCGGCCUCGUGUACCAGGCCAUACAGGUGCACAUCAACCUGUACAACUGGGACAGGGCACUGGAGCUGGCAGUGAAGCACAGGACCCAUGUGGACACAGUGCUGGCCCACCGACACAAGUUCCUGCAGGACUUCAGCAAGCAGGAGACCAACAAGCGCUUCCUGCAGUACUCUGAAGGGGUGGAGGUGGACUGGGAGAAGAUCCAGGCCAAGAUCCAGAUGGAGCUGGCCAAGGAGAGGGAGCGGUCGGCCACCACGUCCGUGAGGAGCAGCGUGGCCUCGCGGCGGUGAAACGCUGCCCACAGCACAGCCUGGAGAACCCGCAGGAGAAACCAGGAGAACCCGCGAGAACCCACAGGAGAACCCGCGAGAACCCACAGGAGAACCCGUACUCACCUGUACGUACCUGUGUCCCUGGAGAACCUGCAUUCACCUGUACGUACCUGUGUCCCUGGAGAACCUGUGUUCACCUGUACGCACAUGUGUCCCUGGAGAACCUGUGUUCACCUGUACGCACCUGUGUCCCUGGAGAACCUGUGUUCACCUGUACGCACCUGUGUCCCUGGAGAACCUGUGUUCACCUGUGCACGGUGAGAAUUCCUGGCGUCUGUAUGGGGCUGUGCGGGUUUCAGGCCUGGGUCAGGUACUUUAACCCUGUGCACACAAUUUUAGAAUCCCCAAACUCAUUCACCAUUAUUCACAACAUUUCUUGAUUUUGGUUAGGGACACAUUCUCAGGGAUCUCCAAAGGAAGUUUAAAAAUUUUACUGGAAUGUAAAUAUUUCACACGUACGGGGCUUCUUGCUUCUCCUUAAUGCACAGCAUCCAAAAUGGACGUCCAUUUUGCAGAAGUCCCCUGGACACCAAAGUCUCUGUCAGAAACUCUUCACCCAGUUAACUCAAGCUCCAGCACUUACAGCUUGUGGUGUGCGUUGUUCAGCCUGUUUCCUCUUUGUGGCUCGUAGUGUUUUUUGUAAUUUAUGACCAAUGUUCAUGCAGCCAGGUUUACAGAAUUUUAUUCCUGUUUCUGAACUAGCUGUUCUAAACUCUCCUCCUUUUUUAUACUUUCCUACUAAUAGUGUCAUUUAAAGGCAAUGUAAUAUGCUUAAACUUUAUAGGUCUAUUUAAAUAUAUAAAUAAAUGAAUUGAUGAAUUUAAAAUGC